GUUCGUUUCGGUGCCCUCGAACGCGAGCACUCAGAACCUAUAUUGCUGGACUGUGAGAGCCAUGAAGUUUUGGAGCUAAUCACCGACUGAACCCUUAAAAUGCAUGAAUUACUCAAAACAUAAGUCAAAUAAAUGAAACAAUCGAUUUUGGUACCUCUGUAGCAUAGGCAAAUAUUAAUAACAUAAUUUAUUGAGGUUAGAAAGUGGAAUAUACCAGCGGAAAUUCGAUAAGCAUAUUACUACUUAUAUAAUAUAUUAUUCCCGUUCGUUGUGAUAUUUUAAUUGUUUGCGUGUAAUAUUCGUUUAAUUGACAUAGCAUAGGGCUGUAUCUAGUGUCACAUCCCGUUUGGCAAAAAUCCGUGGUAGCUUGUCCUUAAAUAAUGUUUUAUAAAAAGAAUGAAGGGGCUGGUUGUCCAGGUCUAGGCUAAAGUGAGUCAGUCAAGGGAUUUGAGAACAACGAGAAGAAGACUGAAACCUUAAAUGAGGAAAUAAAACGAAUUAUUUAUCCCAGCAAGGCCUGAAAUAAUUUUUAUUCAAUAUGUCUGGCGACGUCCAACCAAGAAAGCGUAAAGACAAACGUCGAAAGAAAGAUGUGCAGUUGGAGUAUACAGCUCAAAAAAUGAAGCUGUCUUCAGAAGAGACUGGCACACCCGUUGAGGAAAAAUCAAGCAGCUUAUCUCCAGAAGAAACUUUUCAUAUCCACAAAGAUACUGGAACUGAAGGAAAUAUAUGUGCUAGGAUUGUAUUCUUCUUCUUACUUGCAGUAUUGGCUGUCAUAUUGGGGCUGAUUCUAAUAGAGUACCGAGGCUCUAAUGACAGUGAGUCAAACAUCAGUGUAUCUCACUGGGCACCGGUGUUUGAAGGAUGGGUUCACAAUACUGAAGUAAAAUAUGAUGAUCUCGAACACACUGAUAAAAGUGAAAAAUAUGGAAUCAAAGAAAGCCAAGAAAUUGAUGAAGGAAAGACUGAAGAAGAUGAUGAUGAGCCAGCAGCUGUUGAUGAGGUAUCCGAAGAAGCCACUGAACAUAGUGAGGAGGUUAUGUUAGAAAGUAAGGAAGUUGCGGAAAGUGAGGAAGUACCAGAAAGUGAGGAAGUUCCAUAUGAUGAGGUACCAGAGUAUGAGGAAUCUCCAGAUGAUGAGGAAUCUCCAGAUGAUGAGGAAUCUCCAGAUGAUGAGGAAUCUCCAGAUGAUGAGGAAUCUCAGGAUGAUGAGGAAUCUCCAGAUGAUGAGGAAUCUCCAGAUGAUGAGGAAUCUCAGGAGGAUGAGGAAUCUCCAGAUGAUGAGGAAUCUCCAUAUAAUGAAUCUCCAGAUGAUAAGGAAGCUAUAGACAGUGAGGAAGUUCAAGAAAGUGAAGAAGCUACUGAGAAUGAAGUAUUAGAAAGUGAAGAAAUGCCAGACAAUGAGGAAGUGCUAGACAGUGAGGAAAUUCCAGAAUUUGAGGAAGCUCCAGAAGGCGAGGAAGCUAUUGAGGGUAGUGAAGAAAUUAAUGAUUUGGAAGCUGAUGAAGAUCAAGCAGAUGAUGAUGUUGAUAUUCCUGGUGUAACUGAUAGCAUUUUUUAUCAAGAUAAAAGUGAGGAAAAGAAAAUGGCUCAUUCUGAUGAGGUGGAUUAUGCAGAUUCAGAGCAUAUUGACAAGCACAACAAAGUUGAAGAGGAUGAAGCCACAUCUCAAGAAAAAGAUGAAGAUAUUGAAAAAGUUGAUGAAAAUGCUUCAGGAGAGAAGCAGAUGGAAGACUCUGAGCCUAUGGGAGUUGCUCUUAAGUUUGGCGUUGGUGUGGCAUUAGUGCUUGUUGCCCACGUCGUUCUCAUUAGGAAGUGGAAUUUGACUGGUGCAGCUGAAACCACCACACCUCCAGUUGCAGUUCCACCAUCAGAUAAUGUGCCAGAUUUAGUUUCUCGAAGACAGACUUUAAUUUCUGAAGAGGCAGCCAGGAAAGUACUGCCUUCUGUUGCUUCAAGUUCUCCUUUACAACCUGAACAACAGAAUGAGAAGAUAAUGCAACCCCCAUCCAAGGAUGAAAACUUAGAAAAAAUUCCCAAAAAAUACUGGGAGGGAUCACCAAGUGCGCUGGAAGCUGACAUUGAAAAUAGUGAAAACGAAGAAGGGGAAGAAAUUGAAGAUGACAUAGAUGAUAAUUACUAUAAAACACAUCAUGAUUCAGGCAGCUCAUUGUUGAAAAAUGAAAGUAGUGAGAAAGAUUUAGAAUUUGAAGAAGAAGAAGAAGAAGAUAUUAUAGGGGAGGUAUCUGAUGAUGAUAGAGAAGAUACUGAGGAGGAGGAAGAGAUAGAAGGAGAAGAUGAAGAACUUGAGGAGGAAGAAGAGGAGGAUGAAAAUGAAAUCACAGAAGAUGAAGAAAGUGAUCAAGAAGAUUAUGUCAAGCCUAAUCUGCCAAACACAAAACCGGUUGAAAAAAAUGGUGCAAGUUUGGAUGAUGCCAUUUCUGCAGAUGAGAUUAAAUCAUCAAAUGAUGAAAUACAGAAUGCCUCAGUGGUUUCAAAACCCUCAACAAACAAAAGAAAGAACUUUGAGGCAGAAUUGAAGCAUUUUCAAGCACUUCUCGUCGAGUCACCGAAUUCUGCCGAGGUCAUGCAUGGCAUCGCACAAAGCUUAGAUGGCCUGGCAGAACAGCGCAGAAGCAACACAUUUCUUGAUGAAGCAAUAACUGCAUAUCAUGAUACUUUGAAAUUAGGCUUUCAACUGUCCGAUGAGAUGUUCACCAAAGUUGCGUAUCGCUGCAUCAACCGGAUAUUGUUUCGAGGUCACCACACAAAAGCUGUUCCUAUUCACAAUUUACUGAUGAGCCGAUUUCCAGACGAUCCAAAUCAUGCGAACCAACUGGCGGUGACAUACCUUACGAUGAACAAGGCUCAGGAAGCUAAACAAGUACUGUCACAUACACUGCAAAAAUGGCCAAAUAAUGGUUUUGCUAUGGUACUCUAUGGCUUUAUACUGAAGACUAGUGAUAAUGUCAUAGAACCAGCAGUAUCAUAUUUGCAGCAAGGCAUUGCAAGUGGGGAGCCUGGCACUAUAGAUGGUCGAUACUAUUUCCAAUUGGGAGAUGCUCUUUUGAGACUUAACCGUAAAGAAGAAGCCUUAAAGGUACAUGAAGAAGGAGUGAUUAAAGGUCUGUUUUUAUCAAAGUACCAACGUUCCCUUUACAAUGUGAAUCGUUUGACUUCAAGACCAUGGUGGUCACUCGAGGAAACAACAUACAGUCAAGAUUUUCAGAAAUUAAGUAUCAACUGGCAGUCAAUCAAGUCUGAGGGUUUACUUGCUUUGAGCAAUGGGAAAAAUAACCUUUUCCAGAAUGAAUCUGAAAAUCUUCGCGAUGUUGGGGACUGGAAGCAGUUAGAGCUGUUUGCACGAGGUCAGCGAAUAGAUAAGAAUUGUGCGAAAGCGCCCAUGACGUGCCAGUUGAUUGAAAAUUUUUCUGCUUCACGGAGUUGUCGUCGAGGACAAGUGAAGUUUAGCGUGAUGAAGCCUGGUACCCACGUCUGGCCGCACUGUGGACCAACCAACUGUAGGCUGCGAGCUCAUUUGGGCUUAGUCGUGCCUUUAGGCACAUACAUACGAGUUGCUGAAGAAACUAGAACCUGGGAAGAAGGAAAAAUCUUUGUGUUUGAUGACAGUUUUGAGCACGAGGUAUGGCACAAUGGGACAAGUUUACGAUUGGUUCUCAUUGUAGAUGUUUGGCACCCAGAGCUGACUGAACAUGAAAGAAUAUCUUUGCCUGCUAUUUAAAUUUUUAUUCCUGCCAUUCACGUUUUACCUGAAGUAUUGGUAGUUUUUGAUGUUAUUUAUGUUCAUAAAAUGUUUGCCUGUUGUUUUAAUUUAAUUUGUUAUAAUUUGGGUAUUGUGUUAAUUUAUUGUGGUGAUUUCAUUCAUAGUGUAUGUAUAAAUGAUUGUGUUUAUGAUGUUACACAAGAUGUGAUAUGGAUUAGACUGUCAUUUUGUUUAAUAUGUUUUACAAAGACAUUGUGUUUUGUUAAUGACAUUGUAGUGAAUGUUUGAAAACUCAUAAUAAAAAAAGAAAAAGUA